UCGGUGGCAACACACCGAACUGGUGGGAUCAUGGCGGGGGCGGAGACCCGGAACGCGGCCGCAGCGGAGGCCCCGCAGCCCCAGAAGCGCUACUACAGGCAACGUGCUCACUCCAACCCCAUGGCGGACCAUACGCUGCGCUACCAGUCUCUGGGAGAAGGGGAACCUGCACCCACAAAGGAGAGCGCCGGCCAGAGUCACAUCAACCCCCUAGAAGUGGAGAUGGAGGAGAUGGACUGGUCUGAGCUAUAUCCAGAGUUCUUCUCUCCGCUCACUCAGAAUCAGAGCCACGAUGACCCAAAAGAAAAGAAUGAAAAGAGAGUUCAGGCCCAAGUGGAGUUUGCAGACAUAGGCUGCGGCUAUGGUGGCCUGUUAGUGGAACUGUCACCAUUGUUCCCAAAUACACUGAUUCUGGGUCUAGAGAUCCGGGUGAAAGUCUCGGACUACGUGCAAGACCGAAUUCGGGCCCUACGCGCAGCUCCUGGAGGUGGCUUCCAGAACAUCGCCUGUCUCCGUAGUAAUGCCAUGAAGCACCUUCCUAACUUCUUCCACAAGGGCCAGCUGACAAAGAUGUUCUUCCUCUUCCCUGACCCACAUUUCAAGCGGACAAAGCACAAGUGGCGAAUCAUCAGUCCCACACUGCUGGCAGAAUAUGCCUACGUGCUGAGAAUUGGGGGGCUGGUGUACACCAUAACCGAUGUGCUGGAGCUACACAGCUGGAUGUGCACCCAUUUUGAAGGGCACCCCCUGUUCGAGCGAGUGCCUCUGGAUGAGCUGGGCGAAGACCCCAUUGUGGGACAUCUAGGCACCUCAACCGAGGAGGGAAAGAAAGUUCUACGCAACGGAGGAGAGAAUUUCCCAGCCAUCUUCCGACGAAUACAGGAUCCCACCCUCCAAGCAGCGACUCCCAAUCCCAGCCUGCCUGCUUACUGACUACCUGUCCUGCCCUUCCAGGGACUGGAACCUUCUGAGCUGAGACUGCUGGGGAGCUGCAUGGGGCAGAACCCUGGCUUUCACUACUUCUCCAGGCUCUUCUCACCUCCCUGUCCCUCCACUGCCAACAGAAAGCAAAAGUAGCUGACUGGGAAGGUGAAAUGACCUUGGACCAGAGGGGAUCUUUGCAAGGGUGUGAUGUCUCACUCUCCCUUAGCUCUCCCUUCUCCAUGUGGAAUCUCUCCUCAGCUGGGGUGAGGAGUGCAAUGCCCCACUGUUCAUCUAAACUGCCUGCUAGGCUCAAAUCACUAGUG